CGUGUCUGCCAAGACCCUUCAUCACAAGGAGCAAUGCUGCCCCGAUGGGAACUGUCUUUUUACCUGUUUGCUUCACUAGGCUUCCACUUGUAUUCUUUCUAUGAAGUUUACAAAGUCUCCAGAGAACAUGAAGAAGAACUGGACCGACAGUUUGACCUGGAGGCUGGCACUUUAUUUGGAGGAUUAAAGAAGGACCCAACUGACUUUGAGUGGAGCUUCUGGAUGGAAUGGGGAAAACAGCGGCUGGUGUGGUUUCUGCUGGGCCACGUGGCUGUGUCUCAGAUGGUCAACGUGCUUGCAAGGAAGCACAGACCCUGGAUCCUGGGGGCUUAUGGAAUGUGGGCCUCCUGGUGUAUUCUGGGACCCCAAGGCACGGCCACAAUUUUUCUCCACACCCUCAUCUCCUUCUGCGUAGCCCAGUUCCAGUCGCAGCUCCUGUCUUGGCUCUGUUCUCUCUUGCUGCUGUCCACCCUGAGGCUGCAAGAUGUGGAGGAAGUUAAGAGAGGCUGGUACCAGACAGAAAAUGAGUACUACUUGCUGCAGUUCACGCUGACCGUGCGUUGCCUGUACUACACCAGCUUCAGCCUUGAGCUCUGCUGGCGGGAGACGGCCAAUGGCUUCCACUCCUUCCCCUGGCUGGUGGCCUACGUCUUCUAUUACCCCGUCUUCCACAACGGGCCCAUCCUCAACUUCCCGGAGUUCAUCGCCCAGAUGCAGCAGCAAGAGUACAGCUCGCUGAAGUCCAGCCUUCCCGCCUUUGCCCUGGGGCUGGGUCGCCUCCUCUGCUACUGGUGGCUGGCAGAGCUGAUGGUUCACCUCAUGUACAUGCACGCCAUCUACAGCAGCGCCCCUCUCCUGACGGCCGUCUCUUGUUGGACCUUAGGAGGACUGGCAUUGGCUCAAGUGAUCUUUUUCUACCUGAAGUACUUGGUGCUUUUUGGUGUCCCAGCUCUGCUCAUGCGCCUGGAUGGACUCAUGCCACCACCCCUCCCUCGCUGUGUGAGCACCAUGUUCAGUUUCACAGGGAUGUGGAGGUAUUUUGACGUUGGACUGCAUGAUUUCCUAAUCAGGUAUGUGUACAUUCCCGUGGGCGGGUCUCAGCAUGGCCUGCUGGGGACACUGUUUUCCACGGCAGUGACGUUUGCCUUUGUGAGCUUCUGGCAUGGUGGCCAUGACUACCUGUGGUACUGGGCAGCGCUCAACUGGCUGGGAGUCAUCGUGGAGAAUGCAGUCCAGAGGCUCGUGCAGACCCCGCGCAUCCGGGACAGCUUGAUUCACUUCCUCUCCCCGCGAGCCCGCCGUCGAUUCCAUGCCGCCUUUGCGUCUUGCUCCACCUCCAUGCUGAUCCUGUCCAACCUGGUGUUUCUCGGGGGCACUCAAGUUGGGAAAAUCUACUGGAACAGGAUCUUCAUACAAGGCUGGCCAUACGUGACACUCUCUGUCCUGGGAUUCCUGUACUGCUACUCCCAUGUGGGCAUUGCCUGGUCCCAGACGUACUCGGUGGACUAAAGCUUCCUGGCCCAUGCCAGCCCUUAUCGCUGGCCUCUGAGGCAACUGGUGCUUCACCCUGACCUCGCACACUAAGAUAACCUCCGAGGGACCAAUGCUUGCUUGAUCUGUUCAUCUUUUGUUGAUGUUACCUCACUCCAAGACUGGAAGCUGGAACUCUCAUAGAAAACUGACAAUCAGAGACAAUCUAACUUGUCCUGUGGUUUCCCAGGGGUCAGUACCUAAGGAGACUUGUUAUUUGAACACUAUCCAGGUGAUCGACAUUUGGACACUUGUGCCCUAUGUUGACAGAGAGGUAUGAAUAUGGCAGUUCCUCUAGCAGUGAGUUAAUCUUCAUUUCCCAAUAUAGAAACAGAAUUGAGAAACCAGGGGCUAGCGCGUCCACAGACCGGUGCUGUCGGGCAGGUGACAAAGGGGUAAGGAUGGUUUCCUGUGAUCUUUUCUGCCCCCAAUGCAAGUGAGUUCCAGCAGCCACCCUCCUGCUCAGUGGUUGACACUCAGUAGUUUACACUGUUUUGUUUUGUUUCAAAUAAAAUGGAGCCUUUUCUAUCACACUGAUAAUUUACAUAUAGAAUCAUUUUGAAUUUUUUUUUGAGAAAAAUGCCUAAAAUAUAAACACACAUAACUCUUAAUUAUUCACUCUUUUGGAAAGUGCAUGGCAGGUCAUUGACCCAAGUAGUAGAUAAUUCUGAAUAGUCUGUUUGGCUUUGGAGGGUUUUUUGUUUUUGUUUUGUUUGGAGGGAGCAGGCGCUGAGUGGUGAAGAAGCUUUGAGAUUCCAGUCCAUAGUGUACCUCAUGAUGGGCAAACUCAGUAUAUAUCUCAAACACGUGAAUUACAUUGUUAUUGAAUGAAAGGUUCCCUUGGACCUGGUCUGGCUGCAUAUCUCAUGUUUGCUAUCUACUGUGGUCCUUGUGUCCUGGCUGUGGUUCUGACUCAGUGAGAUACUCCUAGACUGCAGGACCGGCCAUCUUGCUGACACCUUUUCUUCCUAGCCAUUCUGCCUCGGAGAGCAGAGGUGGAGUGGAUGGCUUGGAGUGGGCACACCCGUGUUGGCUCCUGCAAGGAACAUACCCAGAGGGGCAGGUGGGCCGGUAGCAGUGGCCUCAGCAACUGACUUGGUAAACGAGAGGGAGGCCCAGGCAGGCGACUCCAAGGUACUGGGAAGGUUCAGAGGGGCUGGGGCUGGGAAGAGUGAGCACUCAAGUGAUUAUAGCACAUCAUGGACCAAUACUAGUUCAGGAACUGUGGUCAGCCACAGGGAUUUGGUCUGAAGUUCACAUGGAAUGAAAGGGUUGGCUAAGGAAAAACAGGAAUGUGAAGAUGAUUGUAGGCAAGUGUCUAAUGUACAUGUAUAAACAAUACAAAGAUUUUUGAACUCCUCAGAGACCAUUUAUGUAAAAACAAAUAGGCUUAUUCAUUCAUUCAACUGUAUUGGAAGAAUCAGUGAAUAUAUUUGAAAGUAAUAAGUCUGAAUUUCUUUUAGGCUAUCGCAUGAUUUAGAGUGGUUCUCAAGAAUUAGUAAAUUAUUUGCGGCCUGAUUAACCAACAUGUGGAUUUUCUAGAACCAUUGUUUUCUUACUUUAACCUCUUGCUGUUCUCCAACUGUAGUAUGAAAACAAUUAAUACGUGUCUCUUCACGCAUGUGAAGUAAAAUCUUGGAGUUGCUUUAAA